AUGCACCUGCCGCUUCAGGAGGUGCUCCUGAGCAUGGACGAGGCCGGUGGAGCCGUCCUCUCGGUCUUCACCCGGACGCCCCACCUGGAGUCCCGCCUGGGGCAGGACGUCCUGCUGGACUGUGGCUUCUCGGCUCCGCCCACGGCCUUCUCGGUCGAGUGGCGCCACCAGCACGGCGGAGCCGGACAGGUGAUCCUGGCCUACGACGGAGCGACCCAACACAUGGCGGUGUCUGAGGAGGGCGCCCGCCUCUUUCUGGACCCCGAGAGCAGCAACGUCUCCCUGCAGCUACAGGGCGCUCAGGUGCGGCACGAGGGCACCUACAUCUGCUCCGUCUACCUGCCCCACCUGCAGGCCCAGCAGGCCGUAGAGCUCAAGAUCGUGCAGCCGCCUAAGGUCACCCUCCGCCCGGUCCCCCUCCCGGUGCCCCUCAACACCCACACGGACCUCGCCUGCGAGAUCGCCGGCUAUUACCCCCAGAGCGUCUCCGUGGUCUGGAAGUGGCACACUCCCAGCGCGCCCCACAAGGUCCUCCUGGAAACGUGGGAAUCGGGACACCGACAGGCGCCGGAUGGCACCUACAGCUUCACCAGCUUUGCCCGCCUCCCAGCUGCCCAACAGGGGGACCAAGGGGGCUCGUACAGCUGCCACGUGAGUCAUGCGGGGCUGGGUCCGGCAGGGCUCCAGAAGACCCUGAAGCUGAAAGUGGCAGGCUCCUCGGCCCCCUCCGUGGAGGACGUGAUCGGCCUCUUCCUGGUGACCUUUGCCCUCCUGGGCUUCCUGCAGGUGCUUUCCCGGAGAGUCUUUGGGGAGGCGGCGACGACGGAGCCGAGCAGCCAGAAUCCUCCUCCGCCUGAAGCCUUGCGGCCGGCUGCUUCUGCCCCCAAGGAGGGCCAGGGGGACGGCAAGCGGCAGCCCUCUGCACGGGGGUCCUCGUCGCCAGGCCCCACUCCGAAGUGACAGUCCUCCUGCGUGGCAGAGCCUCACUUUGGAUCCUGAAGGAAGGGGCUGCGCGAGUGUUGGGGGCGCUCGGGGAGCUCCCCCCCCCAUGAAUCUUAGUUGGCAAUUUGGGGAGGGGGUGCUGAACCUGCUUAGGGUGUCUGUCUGUCCUUCCCACGUGCAAGAAGCAGGGAUCCCUGCUCCUUCUCUGCCCCGCCCCUUUGGCGAGGCCUCCCUACCUGUCUCUGGUGCCCCUCGGAUGCCUGGGCGCCUCUCCUCGCUUUUUCCCCCUCCCCCCCCCCCCC